AUGAAAUCAGUGCUUUUGCCUUCGAUUCAGCCACAGCUUUCUCAGGAAAUCGGCUUUGCCUCCAGCUGUUCUCUCAUCUCCGAAUAUUCGCCUCCGGAGUCCUCCAGUUCCGGCAAUUAUUCAGGCGAAACUCAGGAACUUCAACGGGAUAUUACGACACGAAAGUGCUUGAUCGACGCAAAAAGCUUGGACGAGCUGAAACACCAGUGUCAAAAGUUAAAAAUUGGUUUGGGAGCUCACGCGACGGCGGUCGACGAUCUGCAUCCGAAGUUUCAACAGAUUUGGGAAGAACAACUGGAUCGUGUUCGACGACAGCAGGAAAUGUAUAAGAACCACAUCGCCUCUGCGAUGUGUCUUCGUCAAAACUUGCAGCAUCUCAUAACGGCCAUAUCGCAGUUGUCGCCGUACGUCAAGUCGAUCACUCAGGUCAUCCAGCACGUGUUUCCGCAGAGAUUGCAGUGUGAAGAACUAGGCCCAAUGCAGCGCAUCUGUAACCAGAUCUGUACGCUUGAGCCGAACUCGCAGCACCGCGUAGACGCCAUCGAGAAACAGGAGCAGUCGCGAAAGGAGGAAAUGGAACGGAAGAAACUACAGUCAGGCGAAGUGUUAGCCAAGGCCAAGAAACAUCUGAAAUCACCGAAGGAUGGCCACCUCCCAAAACGUAAAGCACUCAUCGAUGAAAGUGCGGAUUCGAUGAUCGGCUCUCGUGGUGAUCUGUUUCGAUGCGUCGACCGGGAGCGAAUUAAUUCAGAAGAACUGAUUUCGCGAAGAUCUAAAAGCGCAAAGCCGCCGCACGCACGAGAUGUUCGAAAGCCGGAGGGCGUCUCUGACUACAACACGUCUAUGAUCUCCAGCGGUUCACCUGAAGAGGCUGACAGUUUGGACAGUAGUUUUGAGUAUUUUAUGGCGAUUGCUGAACGACCGUGCUGUGCGGAACUGCCGACCGUCGCCGGCCGCGAUUAUGACCAAGAAGGCGACAAGCGAAACGGCUCAUCGUCCAGAGAAACUGCGGAGAACGCGAACUGCCAUUUCAGCUUCCAGUCGGUGCCCGCCGAUCGUUCUGUUUCCUCAUGUGUGAACUACUUCGAAAGGGGCCAGUGCUGCUUCUUAGGUCUGUGCGUGAACAGGUUGUGCUCAUCGGUCGAAAGGAAUAAUUUCAUGAAUGAAGCACUUCUCAGUUCCUUAUCUGAGGACCUGAAAUGUGCCACGGGAAUGAGUCCAGAGCAACUUGUCGAGGAGAUGCUCUUUUGUCAAAAUGCUCAAGAGGAUCAGAACCACGGCAGCAAGUCGAACUUUUCCAUGAUUUCCCCGGCGCUGGUAGCCAGCGUCAUGCCAUCGACCUGGGAGGCGCGGGAGAAGGUGUUGGCUAGUCUCAAGAAGAAAAUAGCUCAGUUAGAAAUUUCGGAAAAGAGUUCUUAG